AUGAAUCACUGCAGCUGGAAGAACGCAUUUGAGCUCUCCUCCGGAGCCCUGAAAGUGUUCUGCUAUAAGCCACUCCGGGAUAACCUGGAUUUUGCUCAGGAACGGGUUGGUCGUCAGGAGGAUGCGAUUCCUCUGAGUCUGUCUCUCCUGCUGGAGCGGCCUCUUCCUCUGAUGCUGGAGGGUUCUCCUUCCUCCUUGACGGUAAAUACCCUGCGGUACUUUGAGCCAUAG